AUGACGACCCCGCCAUCGCCAAAACGAUCGCGCGAGGAGCCCAAGUCUGCUCGCCAGACGCCAGUGAAGCGGCCAAAGACGGCGCCGACGCCGCCGCAAGAUGCCGACUCCCGCAACGGCAAGGACGAGAUACCGACCCCGGCGCUGCUGUACCAUCUCGCGCUGAGCGCGCACGCCGCCGCGCACCGGCACUACACCCAGGCGUUCGUCCCGCCCCAUGUCCAGCUGUCCGACGCCCCGCUACCCCUCGAGUCUGGGCCGUAUGUCUCAGACCCGCACGCCCUGUCGACUGCGCUCGGUUUGCUCGUCGCUGCCCUCGAUAUGCUCCAGGCGGCGCUGCACACGCCCGCCCUCAGCGAUGUUGAGCACGCUGCGUUCGGUGCCGAGUUCGCGCACAUCGGUAUCAAGGUCCUUGAGACUGUCACCAGUGCCCAGCGCCUUCGGUCAGAGAGCGUGCUCGCUAUCGACGAGAAGCGCCUGCUUGCUGACGUUGACGACACGAUCAAGACUUCGCGUUCACCGCAUACACGGCGGUUCAAGUACGCCCUGGAGCUCGCUAGCGCACGCUUCGCAUUCAUGAACAUCAAGGUGGGCCGCCGCGUGAUCAAGAACGCCCUCGCAACGACACCACACGAGGCGUUCAUCCACCGGUACCAGCUGCAGCUCCUGCUGCUGCAGACGCUCGAGGAUUCGCAGUCGAACGACUUCUUUAGUGCGGCUGAGGACCUCAUUCUGGUCGAAUUCUGCCACUUGGCACGUCUGCGAGCGCUCUUCGUACUGCGGAAGUGGGAUCGUCUCGAGGCCGCGAUGAAGGAUUGCGCGACUGUGUUCGGCCUUCCGUAUAGCCCGCAGGAGAUUCCCGAAGUUGCUGGGUCUGGAUCGUCUAACGAGCGACUCUGGCGCACGAUCGUCACCAUCCACUACCUCUCCUUCCGUGCGCUGUACGAGGGUCGUUCAGGUGAGGACUCGACCGCAAAGGCGUGCAUCGCCAAGCUGUUCAUCGUCAUGGACAUGGCCGAGGAGAAGGGCACGUUGCGUAAGCUCCGCGCCAACGGCGGCAUUGUCAAGACGUACCCGCUGUUCGUGCAGACGACCCCGGUCAAUAUCCUAUGGGGCCUCGCGCACCUCGUCACUAUCACUAGGUCAUACUGCACGCUACGCACUUCCGCCGCUUCGAGAACGAGGCGCGCCAAGGAGAGCUAUGGGAUCUCGGAUAGCCGCCACGAAGUCAUGAUCCUCCGCGCUGAGAUCAUGAUGGAGCAGGCUCUUGCUCAUAUUUUCCGCACAGAGCUGGAAGAGGCGGACAAGGAGAUCCUCGCCCAUCUCCGUGAUACGAACCUAUUCAAGACGUACUUCCCGCAAGUGUGCAUGUUGCACGGCCAGCUUGCGCACCAGCUAGGUCUCGCCGAGGUUGCCGACCGGUACUACUCAACGGCGAAGGGCUCCGUCGCCGCCGGCUCCGAAUUCGGUCUCGUUGUCGAGGUCAACCGUCUCGCGGCGAUCGGGGAACUCGAGCAAGUUACCGAGGACCCGAAGAGGAUGCACACGGUCAACGUGCUCGCUGACCAGUGUCGGUCGGGUGACAACAUGGCAUUCCACGCCAUGGGCAACUUCCUCUCCAGCAUCGCAGACCCGGAGCAACUCUACCGCCUCACGCAGAGACUCGAGGAAGAAGCGAAGAUGAAGGAGAGCUACGCGAAGCACGCGGCGAGGAUCAAGGAGAUGAAGGCGUUUGGCGCCAAGCGCUUCGCCAACCUCCCAGCAAGAAGGCGGAAGGAGAGGGUGCCCUCCUCCCUUGGCAAGGAGGUUGCCACAGCAUCGAACACAGAUCAUUAG